AUGAAAAAAGAAUUGGCCGAACUUCUUGGGCACUCGGAUUUGCUCUGGAGUCGGACUGUUAGAAGGCUGCAACUGGAGAGCAACCAUGACGGAGUACUAAGAGCAUUCAUUGUAUGCGGCACGUAUUGCGCCAAUUCAGUUGACAUCAAGAUCAGACACAAGUCGCUUUCUUUAGCCCCCACAGAGCGGUUCUUAGCAGAAUUCAAACAACUCGGGGAAAUAUAUCGCCCGCAAAGGACGAGCCGUAAUCUCGAGCAAAUCGUUCUCCUCCAACUCCACCAUGCCAACCUGAAUCUAUUUUCGGACUUCUUACAGAGCUUCACAAAGGAUUAUGCCGCCCCUCGCAUGUUUAUGUUUGACUCUCGAGAGGUCGAGCUACGGCGCUGGAAUUUGAAGGCCAUCAUGACGGACUCUCAUCUCUAUAGGCAAUUCGCAAGCGUUGGUGCUGAACUGACGACUACCACCGAGUCGCUACUUGACGUUGUCUUAGCCCUGGAGGACAGUAAAAUGCAGGAUGUGGAAAACCUGGCAGUUCUGGGUACUGAGAUCCGGGGCUGCAGCAAGGACAUCAUGACGCGUCUCAGUAGAUUGUCAGACGAUCUGGAGCACAAUCUCCAGCUACUCCGACUGUCCAAAGACAUGAACCAGUCGGGAAACGUCCAGAUGCUGACUCUUCUAGCCACAAUUUUUCUACCGCUGUCCCUAUCAGCCGGCGUCCUUAGCAUGCAAUCGCGCUUCAAAGACUUGGGCGAGCUGCUGUACGAUUUCUUCGGCGUCGUGGUCCUCCUUGGGGCGGGGGUUGCACUUUUGGUAACGGUUAUGCUUUUAUUUUCUUCGAUGAAGGAGCUGGAGAGCAGGCUCUUCAAAUACCACUGGUACAAAGCCAUACUGCGUCCUGUUAUCUGGAUGACGAUAUCAGGCAUCACGUUCACAUUAGGCGCCCUCGUGCUGGCAUCUUUUCUGGUGGGCAUGUUCAAAGAUGUGGUGCUUGGGGCAAAGAUUCUGGGCUACGGAAUCGCCGCGGCGAUUGGUGCGUUGGUGGUGAUUCCAUAUGGGACUCUCAUGGUGUUCUGGCUUCCUGAUUUAUGGGGCUUCGGUGGGUCGAAGAAGAAGCAAAGCGAUCUCGAGAGGGAGCCGAAAGGAAAGGAAGCUGCUGCAGAUGGCUCUCAGGAAGCAGGUGUCACAGCUGAAGCUGUUUCUAAUGGUGAGGAUGAAGGCUCUACCACGCCAACCGCGCGUGCUGGAGAUAAGCCUUCAGAAGAGGGCAUGCCCAGUGUGACAGAGGUAGAGCCAUAA